AUGCCAGUCGCCGUGCGACGCUCGAGUCGCUCUGUCCCUGCGAAACCUGUUGCGAAACCAGCGACCGAGCCCAAGGCUCCUGCGAAACCCAAAAGUCAGCCAACGAAGAAACGGGCUGCUUCACCUGCAAGGGCAGAAUCGCCUGCUCCCAAGCGCAGCAGGACAACUGCGGCAGAUAGCAAGAAGACUGAGCAGCCUCCUCCCACGAAGAAGCCUACAUCUAAGCAGCCCACCAAAGCUGCUGCGAAACCCGCUACGAAACCUGUCACGAAACCCGCCACUGUUAGGAAGCCAGUGACGAAGCCUUCUCCUGCUCCUGAGAAGCGUGCAGCUGCUCCUGUACCACAGCAGAAGCCAUACUUUAAUCCCCUUCCAGUAGCUCCCCCCAAACAGCGUCCUGGCCUUACCCUAUGGGCAUGGGGUGCCGGCAACUUUGGACAGUUUGGGAUGGGUCCCGAUGUCCUUGGCGAGCUGGACAAACCGCGCAAGAACCCUUGGGUCGAGCAGAAGAUCCAAUCAGGUGAAUUUGGUGAGGAAGGUGCUGGACUUGAGACAAUCGCUGCGGGUGGUAUGCAUACUAUCUUUGUAGAUGAGAAGGGAACUGUUUGGACAUGCGGGGUCAAUGAUGAUGCUGCACUCGGUCGGGUCACUACGGACGUUCCCGAUCCCGAGAAUCCUGGCUCUUUCUUGAGCGUAGAUGAUCUAACAAGUAUCCCCCACCCCCUACAAUCUCUAGUCGACGAAAAAUUCCGCGCGGUAAAAAUUGCGGCAGGAGAUAGCAUUUCUGCUGCUGUGAGCACGGAGGGCGAACUGCGUGUCUGGGGAACUUUCCGUGCCAAUGAAGGCUCUCUCGGAUUCUCCAGUGGGCAUAAACAUCAGUACUCGCCCGUGCCUCUUCUCGAACUCCCUCACAAACCCGGCGACUCAGAAAAAGUCUCAUCGAUAGCCUCCGGCAGCAAUCAUCUCCUUGUGCUCACUACACACGGCAACAUAUACACGUGGGGCGCGGGGGAACAAUCACAAUUGGGUCGCAAGCUCAUCGAGCGACGCAAAAUCCAUGGAACCGUACCAGAAAAAGUCACACUUGGAACCCGGAGCCGCAAAGCUGUUGUUAUCGGUGCCGGGAACUACCAUUCAUUUGCUGUGGAUGACCAAGGAGACGUGUGGGGUUGGGGACUCAACACCAUGGGACAAACUGGAACCGGGUAUGAUAGCCCAUCGGACGAUGAAGUCAAACUACCCACGAAGGUGAUCGGUCUCAGCAAAGACCAGCUCAAGGGCGAGACAAUUGUGCAAAUUGCCGGCGGCGAACACCACACACUCUUCCUCACCUCUGGUGGGAAAGUGUACGCGUGUGGUCGCUCGAAUUGCAGUCAACUUGGCCUCGAGGACGAUGACGAGGCUCUCGAAGACCGGCCAUACCCCGAUUUCGUGCCUACGCCUGUGCAGGUGACCUUCCCUGAUGACAAUGAUCCCAUCAGGAAUAUCUCAGCUGGGUCGCAUAACAGCAUGGCUGUUUCGGAGGGUGGCGCACUAUAUGUUUGGGGGCAAGGUACACAAGGAGAACUUGGUGUAGCUGACGAAGAAGUUAAGACCCCCAGAGUUAUCGUCCGCCGCGAAGGCGGCUCGUGGGCCGCGGUUCAGGUCGCCUGCGGCGGUCAGCACACGCUGGGUCUUUUCCGCAGCAAGAAAUAA